GCAGUUGUUUAGUAAGGACCCAGUCAACUAUAUUAUAUAUAAUAUUUAUUUUGUUAGUUUGCAAAAUUUAUUAAAUUUUUUUAUAAUAUAAUAAAAUCUAAUCAAUUAAUUAAUGUAAGUACAAGUGAAGUAAUUAUUUUUUUAAAUCUUAAAUUCAAUUUUUGUUUUUCACCUAUACAUAAUAUUCAGUGAGGUAUUUUCAUUAAUUAAAAAUAUUCUAUGGUCAUAUAAGUACUAAUCAAGAAAAAUAUAUCAGAUUGUAAAUUUUUAUUUUAAAAAUGAAAUUUACAUUUUGUAUACUGUGGCUUUUUGUGUGGAUGAGUUUACCAGCCAACGGUAUCAAAAACAUUCUUAUUGGAUUAGGAGAACCAAAUUCACCAGAAUCAUCAAGAUCAAUGAAUACUGAAGACGAAUGGUUCAUACAGAAAUUAGAUCAUUUUAAUCCUACUAACAAUAGAACGUGGAAACAGAGAUAUCAAGUGAAUUUGGACAAUUAUAAAAAUGAUGGACCCGUGUUUUUGAUGAUUGGAGGAGAAGGGGAAAUUUCAGCUAAAUGGAUGAGCAGCGGAGCCUGGAUUGAUUACGCUAAAGAAUUUAAUGCCUUAUGUUUUCAACUAGAACAUCGGUAUUAUGGCGAAAGUCACCCUACUGAAGAUAUGAGUACUAGUAAUUUAGUGUACUUGAGCAGUGAUCAAGCAUUAGCUGAUUUGGCAGAAUUCAUUGUUAAAAUCAAAAUUAAAUACAGCAUACCGUCUACAGCUAAAUGGGUAGCAUUUGGAGGAUCUUACCCUGGAACUUUAGCUGCAUGGUUAAGAAUGAAAUACCCACAUCUUAUACACGCAGCAGUUUCUUCUAGUGGGCCACUAUUAGCAAAAAUAGAUUUUAAAGAAUAUUUUAUGGUAGUAGAAAAUGCAUUAGCAACAUAUAAUCCAGAAUGCGUGUCUCAAAUAAAACAAGCAAAUCAAAUGAUCAACUAUUGUCUUAAAACCGACCAUGGAGCUAAAAUAAUUGAAAAAAAAUUCAAAUUGUGUGAUCCCUUGGACAGAAAAAACGAUAAAGAUGUAUCAUUUUUGUUUGAAAUUUUAGCUGACAAUUUCGCAAUAAUUGUACAAUACAACAAAGACAAUAGACAUUAUAAGGAUCCUGAAAGAUUGUCAGUAACAUUAGAAACUUUGUGUGAUAUAAUGGUUGACAAAUCAAUACCAACUCCAUUAGAUAGGUACGCAGCUGUUAACAGUAAACUAUUAUCCUUAAAUGGAGAAGAUUGUCAAGAUAAUAUUUAUUCCCAGUUGAUUGAUUUGUAUUUAAAUACAUCUUGGAGUAGUAGUGCAGCAGGAGGAGGUCGACAAUGGACAUAUCAAACUUGUACAGAGUUUGGAUUUUAUCAGACAUCUAGUCAAGAUGAUCAUGUGUUUGGUCAUAACUUUCCAAUUGACUUUUUUAUUAAUUUGUGCCAGGACAUUUUCGGAAAAUCAUAUAAUUCCGAGCUAUUGACAGCUGCAGUCGAACGAACUAAUACAAUGUUCGGUGAAUUGAACAUAAGAGAUAGCCGGGUAAUAUUCGUACACGGUUCGGUUGAUCCAUGGCAUGCAUUAGGUAUUACGCAAGCAAGAACAAAAAAUAACGUGGCAAUUUUUAUUAAUGGUACAUCUCAUUGCGCAAAUAUGUAUCCUCCGUCAUCGUCAGAUCUUCCAGAGUUAACACAAGCUCGUAAUACGAUCAGAUCAUAUUUGAGAGAAUGGUUGGCGGAAAAUGAUUUUGUGGAUUCAGCUCAAUAUACAUAGUUUAUGCGAUUUAACAUUUAAAUUUUAAUAUUUAUUUAUUUCGUACUUGUUGUUAUUAUUAUAUAAAAUAUAUACGUGUACGUUUAUUAUUUUUAAAGUCAUAUCCCCAUAUAUUACAUUUAAUUAUUUAAACUUAUAAUGGAUAUUUUUAAAACAAAAGUAUUUUGAUAAUAAUAAAUGAUUAUAUUAUAUACAUUAUACCUAGUA